GAGGAACUUAAAAGGUGCAAAUAGAGCAAUGAGACGAGUCCCUGGUGUUCUGUAUUACAGUAUGGGAGGCGCUAUCUUGUAAACAGAGGAGCGAGAAAUGAGGACCCUACAAAGAAAGAAAUGAGAUGCUAACAGAGUUAUUCUUACUCCGAAACUGAAAGUGGCAGUCGUGCGCCAAAAAGCGAGAUGCAAACUGGAGAAAAGAAGACGACGCAACGGGAAAGAAAUGGCCUUCUUGGACAAUCCAGCUAUUAUUUUGGCCCACAUCAGACAGUCUCAUGUGACCAGUGACGAUACAGGAAUGUGCGAAAUGGUGCUAAUCGACCAGGAUGUGGAUCUGGAGAAGUGUCAUCUGGCUCUGGUACCUGGCAGCAGCAAUGAGUCAGCAAUGUUAAGUUCCUUAAAUGAGGGGUUCGGCACUAUGGCGGACACUCACACUUGUGACCUCUCGCAGUCAAUGGAUAUCACCUCCAGUUGGGAUUUUGGCAUCCGACGACGCUCCAACACAGCCCAAAGACUUGAAAGACUGAGGAAGGAGCGUCAAAACCAAAUCAAAUGUAAAAAUAUUCAGUGGAAAGAGAGAUCAUCCUCUCAAUCAGUGGAGGAUCUGGGGUCCUUUUUUGAAAAACGUGAUUAUAAAGAUAGAGUGCGGUCGUCAUGUAUGAAAUCUACCCUUUCGCUUCGACUGGAGCAGUGUCCCCAGCAGCUCAACAACCCUUUCAAUGAAUACUCCAAAUUUGAUGGAAAGGGUCAUAUUGGCACAACAGCGACAAAAAAGAUAGACGUCUACCUCUCAAUGCAAAUGGCUCAGGAAAAAGUUCAUCCCAUGACAGUAGUAACCAUUGCUAAUGCCCGCGUUCAUGAUCUCAUUGGCCUUAUCUGUUGGCAAUACACAAGUGAGGGACGAGAACCCAAACUUAAUGAGAAUGUGAACGCUUACUGCCUUCAUAUUGCGGAAGAUGAUGGUGAGGUGGACACAGACUUCCCUCCUCUUGACUCCAAUGAGCCAAUUCACAAGUUUGGUUUCAGCACUCUGGCAUUGGUGGAGAAGUACUCCUCACCUGGCCUUGGUUCAAGACAAUCACUGUUUGUCAGAAUAAAUGCUGCUCAGGGUUUUUCUUUAAUCCCUGUGGACAGUCUGAAAGUAACCAUGAAGGAAAUUCUUCAGAAAGCGCUCAAGAAGAGGAAGGGAUCACAGAAAGGAUCAGGGCCUCUAUAUCGUUUGGAAAAGCAAACAGACCCAAAUGUUGCAGUUGACCUAGACUCCACACUUGAGAGCCAGAGCACUCUGGAGUUUUGCCUUGUGAGAGAAAACAGCUCCAGGGGUGAGGAGAGCUCAGAGGAAGACCCACCCAUUGACAUCACCACAGUCCAAGAUAUGCUGAGCAGCCAUCACUAUAAGUCAUUCAAGAUUAGUAUGAUACACAAGCUGCGUUUCACGACAGAUGUUCAGCUCGGAAUUUCAGGAGAAAAGGUAGAGAUUGACCCUGUCACCAAUCAGAAGGCAAGCACUAAAUUCUGGAUUCGGCAGAAACCCAUUUCUAUCGAUUCGGAUCAUCUAUGUGCCUGUGACCUUGUCGAAGAAAGAAGCCCUAGCCAUGCCAUAUUCAAGAUCACUUAUCUGAGCAACCAUGACUACAAGCCUCUCUACUUCGAGUCAGAUUCUACUACAGUCAGUGAAAUAGUUCUUAAGGUGAACUACAUCCUUGAGUCACGGGCCAGCACCACACGGGCUGAUUAUUUUGCCCAAAAGCAGAGAAAACUCAGCCGUCGGACAAGUUUCAGUUUCCAGAAGGACAAGAAGACUGGCCAGUAGAGGAAAUAACUAACUCUAUGCAGCUAUCGUUUUGUCUGCAAAUGUACGGACGGACACACCAAGAAGCCUUCCAAACCUCAUAGAGACUUCAAUAGAAUUUCACAGAAUAACUCACCAAGAACCACAAACGUAUAUCGGGGGGUAAAAAUCAGGGGACUGAGUUCUGUCUGUGAAUAGUUUGCAUGUCCUCCCUCUCUUGCAUAGGUUUUCUCCAGGCAAUCUGACUUCUUCUCUCAGUCCAAAAACCCGAGAUAUGUUCACCUCUUGGACUAUUUCAAAAGUGAAUGCAAGUUUGACAGCUUGGAUAUCCAGGUCGUCCUUAGCUGCGAUAAGCUCCAGCCCGAUUGAUUCCGAACCAUCCAUCCAUCCAUUUUCUGAGCCGCUUCUCCUCACUAGGGUCGCGGGCAUGCUGGAGCCUAUCCCAGCUGUCAUCGGGCAGGAGGCGGGGUACACCCUGAACUGGUUGCCAGCCAAUCGCAGGGCACAUACAAACAAACAACCAUUCGCACUCACAUUCACACCUACGGGCAAUUUAGAGUGUUCAAUUAACGUGCAUGUUUUUGGGAUGUGGGAGGAAACCGGAGUGCCCGGAAAAAACCCACGGAGGCACGGGGAGAACAUGCAAACUCCACACAGGCGGGACCGGGGAUUGAACCCUUGUCCUCAGAACUGUGAGGCUGACGCUCUAACCAGUCGGCCACCGUGCCGCCUGAUUCCGAACCAUUAAUAGAAAAUGGAUGGAUUGAGUCGAACAGAGAAACCACAAGCCAGAAAAAUAGCAAUAUACACAAGAAGUCUAAAUUGGUUGUAAAGGACGGCCUUGAGGCGGGUUGUAUGAGGUGUCACUAGUUCAUCUGUAAGGACUUGGGCUUUGGAGCAGGAGGGCCAUGUUACUCAAAUCUCAUAAUGAGGCCUCGAAUCUCUGUUUGCAUGCUGACGUGUGUGAUCUGGUUCUGUUAGGUCUGUAACACACACACAAAAAUAUACGGCAGAUUUUCUUUUCCUCUCGAAGGAUUGUGAGUAUAAAAAUUUUGCAAAAAAAUAAAUUAAAUUAAAUUUAGGUACAGUGUACAUAUGGAGUUUUGCUCAUUCACGUGUCCACUAGACCGAUCCAGCUUCAAAUAGGUUACCAAUAUCAACAUACAGUGGAUAUAAAGAAUCUACAACCCCCAUGUUCAAAUGUCAAGUUUUUGUGACUUUAGAAAAAUGAGACAAAGAUAAAUCAUUUCAAAAGGUUUCCACCAUUAAUUUGACCUGUAACAUGUGCAACUCAGUUUAUUUAUUUAUUCAACCUUUAUUUAACCAGAAAAACUCACUGGGCCUCAUUCACUAACCGUGUGUACGCACAGAUUUGUGCUAAAUCGUGCGUAUGCACGUUUGACGCAAAAAUCUGCGAUUCAUCAAUAUGUUCAUACUUGUUUUUAUUGGUACCCUGCGAACAAAUUUAGAACCUCCUAAGACCAUGUUGUAUGCACAUAUACUGUAGGAUCAGCUUUUGAAAAAAUGUCACGUAUUUGACUAAUAUGCACAAUGUAUUGGAACUACAGUCAUUUUUUUAAACUAUAACUUUGACAAAAAUAAAUCAAACCAAGAAGUUGCUCAUGAGUUGCAUAAACACUUCUCACCACUUUUACCUUCGUUCCGUUCAAGUGCUUGUACAGUAUAUGUAUGCAAUGUAUGUGUGUCUGUCGCUCUCUCUCUCUCUCUCUCUCGCUCUCUCUUUCUCUCUCUCUCUCUCUCUCUCUCUCUCUCUCUCUCUCUCUCCUGCCCUCUGCAGCAUGCAGUACGAUGUCACUCAACCAGCAAGAAAUGAGAUCAGACUGUUCACAUUCCCACUCUUGUGGGAUGGGAGACAUAACUUCUCGUAUUGGCCCUUUUCGUUCUUCCAAAGUCGUUGGUUUGGUAGAAUAGACUUGCUCCUUUAAUCAUGGAACAUACACAAAAACAUUUUAGAAAAAUGAAAAACAUAUGAAUAAAUUAUAAGUAUAUUACGAUAGGGAGUUACUUUACAAUCACCCCGUAUAUUGAUCAAUUCACACGCACAUCGUCGCUCGCGUGGUUGAAUUGUGACGUUAUCGGCAUAUGGCUCCUAUAUUUUCUGUCGCUUCCAAUGCAUAUUUUAUUAAUUUUAACAACUACAAAUGCCUCUUUGCUGUGCUAUAUUUAUUCCUCCACCAUCACUCCACUUUCUGACUCUUCCCGAGCCUGGUUUACAUCAUAUUUCACUGACAGAACAAAGUCCUGUGGGUUCCAUCCUUGGCCAAACCCCCUUCACCAUUACCCGUUUCCCCGUGGUCACGUCAACAGCAUGGCAUGGAAUCUCAUUCCACUGGUACGCUGAUAACACCCAACUAUAUUAAAACAAACCAGACCCCUCUGCAUUUGCUUCCAUAUCCUCACCAACCUCCUGCCUGGAGGACAUAAAGCCGUGGAUGACUGAUAACUUCCUUCAACUGAACAAUUAAAAAUGGAAGCCUCUCUCGUUGACAACCCUCACCAGACCCGGCAUCCGCCAUCACCUGCAUCACUUUUUCCGAUUCAUAACAUUGUAACGGAUAUCGACUCUCAAUACGAAGACUACAAAAGACAGGCCUGCUUCUCUAAACCCAUUCAUCAAGGCCCCUAGCAUUCCUUGGAUGGGGCCCACAGGCCGGCAGGAUUUUUGUCUUUGCUCACCAGGAUAAUUUAAACAAGAAGGAGUGACAUCUGUGCACCACAGAACAAUUCCGCUUUUGAUCUGCAGUUAAAAUGCUCUCUCAGAAGAUUGACUGUGUCCAGACAUCCGGUGUUAUUGACAGAACACGGUCGCUCACCCCCCCCAGUGGUGACCAGAAACACUGCAAGAUGGGCUCCUUGUGACCCUAUUUCAUGUGUCGAGAAUGAACAAUGAAAUUAAGGAAAUACCACAUGUUUGAAUGUGUCAGGCGCACAUGAGUACCCUGAAUGUGCGCUUUGAUUUCUGUGUCAUUAAUGUUGAUUCUGCAGGUUUGGCGAUGAGUCUGUUCAUGAGAACUAUACAAUUGUGUUUUAAGCCAAAUUAUGAAAUAACGUUGUGUUGAACAACAUUAUUUGAUAUUCCAGAACUAAAAUGAAAAAAAGGGUCGUUCGUGUACUUAAUCUCUACUUGAGACAGUUUCAAAGUGCUUACUCUCUCGCUCUUGUGCAUAAAAGGCCGAAGCUUCUUUGUCCUUGCGCACUCGCUCUCGCUCGUUCGUUCAACCUUCCAGAAGAACCUGGCCCAGCCUGGAAGUACCACGGACGCACCUGACCUUCGUCUGCCGCAGGGCACCCUACCAGCGCCCUGAGCUAACCGUGUGGGUGCGUGGGGCAGCUCACUGACGAAGCUCCAUUGUGAAGGACCAGGACACUUCCGGGCUUUGACCACUCUGCACUUGAAGCUUUUUGAUUUAUUUAUUUUUUCCUCCCUUUUCAGUCAAAACCACCUGCCCUUGACCGGACCCGCCCAGCUUCCGGGAGAUCGACCAGCCUGCCUAAAUUGUGUUCCCCGCAAUGCAAGUCCAACGUGCGGUCUCCUAAAGUACAGAUUGGUGCAUAUUUGGGUUUAAAUUAACGGCAACAGGAAUAGCGCACCGCACAUCUUCACUGCACACCGACAUCACAACCUCGACCUGCUUUACGAAUGCUUACAUUUACCUUGUUUUCCUUUUCUGUGCAUUGUUUCCCUGGGGACUCCAUCGUUCUCCUGGGAGACUUCAAUGCUCACGUGGGCAAUGAUAGUGAGACCUGGAAGGGCGUGAUUAGGAGCAACGGCCCCCCCGAUCGGAACCCGAGCGGUGUUCUGUUAUUGGACUUCUGUGCUCGUCGAGGAUUGUCCAUAACGAACACCAUGUUCAAGCAUAAGGGUGUCCACACGUGCACUUGGCACCAGGACACCCUAGGACACCCAGUCGAUGAUUGACUUUGUGUUCGUGUCAUCGGACUUGCGGCCGCAUGUCUUGGACACUUGGGUGAAGAGAGGGGCGGAGCUGUCAGCUGAUCACCACCUGGUGGUGAGUUGGCUCCGAUGGUGGGGGAAGAUGCCGGUCCGACGUGGCAGGCCCAAACGUAUUGUGAGGGUCUGCUGUGAACGUCUGGCAGAAUCCCCUGUCAGAAGGAGUUUCAACUCCCACCUCCGACAGAAUUUGCUCAUGUUCUGGGGGAGGCAGGGGACAUCGAGUCCGAGUGGACUAUGUUCCGCGCCUCCAUUGCUGAGGCGGCCGACCGGAGCUUUGGCUGUAAGGUGAUUAGUGCCUGUAGUGGCUGUAAUCCCCGAACCCGUUGGUGGACACCAACGGUGAGGGAUGUCGUCAAGCUGAAGAAGGAGUCCUAUCGGGCCUUUUUGCCCCGUGGGACUCCUGAGGCAGCUGAUGGGUACCGGCUGGCCAACCGGAAUGAAGCUCUGGUGGUUGCUGAAGCAAAAACUCGGGUAUGGGAGGAGUGAUGCCAUGGAGAAAGACUUCCGGAAGGCUUCGAGGAAAUUCUGGUCCACUAUCCGCCGUCUCAGGAGAGGAAAGCAGUGCACCACCAACACUGUGUAUAGUGGGGAUGGGGCGCUGCUGACCUCGACUCGGGACGUUGUGAGUCGGUGGGGAGAAUACUUCGAAGACCUCCUCAAUUUCACCGACACGCCUUCCCCUAAGGAAGCAGAGUGUGGGUUUACUGAGGCGGGCUCUCCUAUCUCUGGGUUUGAGGUCAACGAGGUAGUUAAAAAGCUCCUCGGUGGCAGGGCCCCGGGGGUGGAUUAGAUUCGCCCGGAGUUCCUAAAGGCUCUGGAUGUUGUGGGGCUGUCCUGGUUGACACGCCUCUGCAACAUCGCGUGGACAUCGGGGACAGUGCCUCUGGAUUGGCAAACUGGGGUGGUGGUCCCCUUUUUUAAGAAGGGGGACCGGAGGGUGUGUUCCAACUACAGGGAGAUCACACUCCUCAGCCUCCCUGGUAAGGUCUAUUCAGGGGUGGUGGAGAGGAGGGUCCGUCGGGAAGUCGAAUAUCAGAUUCAGGAGGAGCAGUGUGGUCUUCGUCCUGGCCGUGGAACAGUGGACCAGCUCUACACCCUCGGCAAGGUCCUCGAGGGUGCAUGGGAGUUCGCCCAACCAGUCUACAUGUGUUUUCUGGACUUGGAGAAGGUUUUCAACCGUGUCCUUCGGGGAGUUCUGUGGAGGGUGCUUCGGGAGUAUGGGGUACCGAACCCCCUGAUACGGGCUGUUCGGUCCCUGUACGACCGGAGUCAGAGCUUAGUCCGCAUAUCCGGUAGUAAGUCGGACUCGUUCCCGGUGAGGGUUGGACACCGCCAAGGCUGCCCUUUGUCACCGAUUCUGUUCAUAACUUUUAUGGACAGAAUUUCUAGGCGCAGCUGAGGCAUAGAGGGGGUCCGGUUUGGUGGCCUCAGUAUUGCAUCUCUGCAUUUUGCAGAUGAUGUGGUUCUGUUGGCUUCAUCAAGCCAUGACCUCCGACUCUCACUGGAGCAGUUCGCAGCCGAGUGUGAAGCAGCUGGGAUGAGAAUCGGCACCUCCAAAUCUGAGACCAUGGUCCUCAGUCGGAAAAGGGUGGCAUGCCCUCUCCAGGUCGGGGAUGAGAUCCUGCCCCAAGUGGAGGAGUUCAAGUAUCUUGGGGUCUUGUUCAUGAGUGAGGGAAGAAUGGAACGGGAGAUCGACAUGCGGAUCGGUGCAGCGUCAAGCAGUGAUGUCUUAACGAGUUGCAUUUCAGAGGAAAAAUUUCCUUUUGAACUUUUAUCUUGGCAGCCGAGUGUGAAGCGGCUGGGAUGAGAGUCAGCAGAAUCGAAAGGCGGAUCGAUGCAGCUUCUGCAGUGAUGCAGACUUUGUAUCGGUCCGUUGUGGUAAAGAAGGAGCUAAGCUGAAAGGUGAAGCUCUCAAUUUACCGCUCGAUCUUGGUUCCUACCCUCACCUAUGAAAGAACAAGAUCCCGGAUACAAGCGGCCAAAAUUAGUUUCCUCCGCAGGGUGUCCGGGCUCUUCCUUAGAGAGACGGUGAGAAGCUCGGUCAUCCGGGAGGAUCUCAGAGUAGAGUCGCUGCUCCUCCACAUCGAGAGGAGCCAGAUGAGGUGGGUGGGACAUCUGAUUCGGAUGCCUCCCGGACGCCUCCCUGGUGAGGUGUUCCGGGCACGUCCCACCGGGAGGAGACCCCGGGGACGAUCCAGGACACGCUCGAGAGACUACGUCCUUCGGCUGGCCUGGGAACGCCUCAGGAUCCCCCCGGAAGAGCUAGAUGAAGUGGCUGGGGAGAGGGAAGUCUGGGCGUCCCUGCUAAAGCCACUGCCCCCGCGACCUGACCCGGAUAACCGGUAGAAAAGGGAUGGAUGGAUGGAUGUUUCCCUGUAGUUAGACCCCUGUUAGAUUUCAUUAAAUUUUAUAUAAAAUCUAUCACCUGUAUCGUUUGUGUGUUUGGAUACAACAAGACACCUCUGGGUUCUAGAAUUCUUAUUUAAUUCCUGUAGCAACCUUCAAAUUAAUAAUAUAGCAACCUUCAAAUUAAUAAAUAAUUCCUGUAGCAACCUUCAAAUUCUGAUACACAGAGGCUUUUUCGUCACAAGAGACGUGGUGCCCCUUUUCGAGAUAAAAUAGUCAGAUUUUAACGGUAAAAGGUAAAUCGGACUAACCCGUAAGUGAACGCAGGCGUUCAACUUUGACGAAUUCAUUUUUCAAAUAAAUUACAUUUUAUCCCAAAUCCAUAAAUGCUAUAUUGGUGCCCCGUGUGAGGUGAAUACCAAGUUUCAUUCAACCCAAACACACAAAAUUCUUGAUAUUUUGAAAUAAAUCUAGGUAGCAUAGUAACCAGCUUGGAGGUGGCAAGAAGCAGCCGCAGCCUCUCUGUAUGUGAGUGUCAUUUCGUUACCAUAACAACGCAGAGUCCCGAGCACUUGUGAGUGUGAGGAAACUAAGAUUAGCCGUCUAGUGAGACUGGAGCAAAUUUGUGGCAUUGUAAAUUUUAUGUGGAUGUCCGUGUUUUGUGCGCUGCAUGCUUUUAACUAUGGGAAGAUUUCCUACAUAAAUUCUUGUUAAAAAGGCCUUUGAGAGUCGCAAAACGGGUCAGUCGAACUCCGGGCUGAAGUGUUAGAGUCUGACCGGCGAUCCACUGAGUCGAGGGAGCGGAAUCUCCAUCCCAAAGGCCUGCGGUUACCGAGUCGCAUGUCAGAACAAAAGGAAGGGUAGGGGAGAGGGGCGGCGGCAAGGCCGAGCCGCGCCAAGGAAAAACAAGAGAGCCAGACACGACAGAGGGCUAGACACCAAAGAGAGUGAGGCGGCAGGAGUCAGGGUUUAAAUACACCAGGGGGCGUGUCGAAGAGGACCCAUAAAAUGGGUUUAAAAUCAUAUAUUAAUAUAAAAUACUCCCAAUUUUGUACUCUUUACUCAUAGAUCAAGCAUAUAGAAGGACUGUUUAAAAUUUAGUCUUGGCAAAUGAACUUCUUAGGGUUCAAUCACAUUUCAUGCUCCCCGGGCUUCUUAUUACUUUCUUAUUGAUGGACUUUCAAAGGCUUUCACUCAGCACAGUAUUCUGAUUAGUAUCACAUAUAUUAUGCAGUAUUUAUUUAAAACAGAUUAGAGAAAACAAAAAUAUACGCUCCUGCAAAGUAGCCUUUUAAACGCGCGGUGUUCACAUCUCAGCCGUCUACAAGUUACACGACCAAGGCUUUUGGUGAAAUCACUAAAAAUAAAUAAAAACACUUUUUUUCUCAUUCUGAUUGCUGUAGUAGUUGGCAAGGGAAAUUGGGAGUGAAUACUUACUACAGGUCAAAUUUUGCUGAUAUCUUGCAUUUUGGUUAAACUGUGUACAAUUGUCAAAUAUAUUCACCAAAAAUCAAUAAUUAUCAAAGAUAUUCACUAAGAAUCAAUAAAAACACAUUUUUUCUCAUUCUGCUUGCUGUAGCAGGUGGCAAUGCAAAGCCACUACUUACUACAGGUCCAACUUUGUUGAUAUCAUGCAUUUUGGGUAAACAAUUAAUUGUCUAAAAUUUUCACCAAAGCAAACAUGGUGAAGCAGCAUUUAGCUUUUAUGCUGUACACAAAUGGAAUAAGUUGCCAACAGAAGUGACAUCAGCCCCAAGUUUGAAUGUUUUUAAGUCUAGGUAAGAAUUAUUCUUUUUUCUCAUGCUUUUUAGAGCAUUUCCACUUUUAAAUGAUAUUUGUUUCAUUGUAUGUUAUUUUAAUUGUACUUUUAUUUUUUUCUUUCUUUGUUUUAAAUGUUGAUAAGCUGUUUUUUCUUUGUUUUUAAAUGCUUUUAAUCGUGUAAAGCACAUUGAGUUACCUUGUGCUAUAUAAAUACAUUUGCUUUGC